UGCUAAGAUGAUUUGACGGGAGGGAUGAUUCGUUGCAGUCGUCAUGUCAACAGUACAAGACGACUGAGCCUAUUGAGGAGCAAUUGCUGGUCGUCACGACGGUACUCAUCUCCAUCCCCGGCCGAGCGUGUCCAGGUUGCUGUUCAAAGCAAUGGCAGCAUCACUCUCGAUGUACAUCAACCCCAAAACCCCUCUCCGGAUCAGAAUCGCUCCACGACGGCGCUUCUCUAUCUCCCGCGAGGGCCCUUGCAGCACAGCGCAGAGCACGAUGCUUCCAACAUUGAUAUCAUGCGGUCUGUCUUGCCAUGUCCGAUUGUGCAGGUCAAUUACCGUCUGAGCCGAACCGAACGGUAUCCCACUCCAAUCCACGAUGUCCUCUCUGGCUACGACUGGGUUCGGGAGAAUCUGUUGCCGAAGCGAUCAAUCGGCCGCGCUGGUCGCUCUGAGCACAUCGGCAGACUCGCAAUUUGCGGUGAGCUCAUAGGCGGAGGCCUAGCUAGCAUGCUUUCCCUGACCGAAUGUCGUGUUGGGGAACCUGGAAUUGUCGCGGCAGCGAUCAAUAACCCAUUGGUGGACUGGAUCUCCCUGACUAUUCCAUCCGGCGGGCUUAAAUCUACAAAGAGAAACAAGCCCGCCGAAGACGAUGCGUUACAACCCGAUCUGAAAGCACUAUCUACUCUUCGAGCGCAGCUGUUUCAUCGACCUUACGACUACUUUGACUCUUUUGCGUCGCCAAUUUUAUACUUCAGAUCGCCUGGGGCCGAAGUGCCUCCAGCGCCAGCAUUGCCGCUGGACGAGAUGGACCAUCUGAGCCUGCUUGAAAGGCAGGAAUUGCUCCAGGAUGAAGACAUGGGUGAUAUCCCUGAAAGUCCACCUCAGCGGAAAGUAUCGAAGAGAUUUCCAAGCAAGGCUCUUCGACUGCGACUGCCAUCGUUCCACAUCUCUGCAGGAACGAGCUCACCAACGCGAUGGCAGACGGAAGAGUUCACGACGCUGCUCCGCAAAAGCGUGGCAAGGCAAAGCAAAGAGUGGUCGGAGUCUGCUGAUUUCGGAAGAAAAGUGCUGUACGAUGAGGACGAAGGGGACUUGAAAGACGGACAGCUGCGAGAUGUAGAAGCUGACGUGGACAAGAAGGUUAGAAUGGACUUGUGCGCAGGCGGCAGUGAAUGGGACGAUUCCGAUGCUGGGAGGAAGAGAGUCCGGCAGGCGGCCGAAUGGCUGAGGCAAGCACUUCAUCCGGCCGGAUAGAGGUUGGUAUGCACGCAUGAGCAGGCGCUCGCUCGUCCAAGUGACUGUUAAGAAUAAGAUCCAGUACCGGUUGAGAAGAAAUGAUGUCGCUUGCGUAAGGCUGUAGCGGGACCAGGCCGGAGCUGUGUUCGUCAACCUUUUUUCUUGGCACGAGACGUAAUCCGGG